AUGGUACAUCACCUGAGUUGUGGGGUAAAUGUAGAGUGUCAAUCAAAGGCAGAGCUCAGAGCUGGGAAGGAGCUCUAGAUGGCGGCUGUGCCUUAGAGAGAGCGCGCUGAGCUCCGUGCCUUCCCAACACUUUACGCAACUUUCCCUAACUUUUGAGCAGCCUCAGGGGGCCCCCAGAGCCCCUUAUCUGUUCUAGGCACGAAUCGGGGGCUAAUUGAGCCUUUUUCGGGCAGAAAAGCAGCUUUUGGAGGCUCUCUUUUCGUGCCUUGCUGGAAAGAAGAAGCCGUGGAGAGAGCCCAGGUCGUUGUUUUUCCAGCUUAGAAGCCAUGGCGUACCUCCAUUUUUGUGCGCUCUCCUAAUGAGCUUUUCCCCCGGACAUUUUUUGUACUAAUUAUCGCUGCUUUUGCUUUCACAGCAGUAUAUUUUUGGGGGUUAUAAUCUAUUUAUUUUUUUAUUAUCUAAAAUAUAUAGUUAUCGUUUUACCUCCAAAUAUUUUGGAUCUGAUGUUUUUCCACUACCCGAAACUAAUAUCGGCUUGGUCCUGGCGGUGGUGCAUGGAUCAGUAAAUACCUGGGCACAGGACAUCAAAGCAAACACAGAUACCCCCCUUUAAUAUUUAAGAAUUUAAAGAUGAUGAGAAAUGAGGACAAAAGCCAAGGAGAGGAGGGUUCAGUACACAGCAAUGCAUCGAGUCACUCAGCAUCUGAAGAGGCCUCUGGCUCCGACUCUGCAAGCCAAUCUGAAAGCGAACAGGGGAGCGAACAGGGCAGUGAGCAUGGCAGUGAGACAAACAGCAGCUCAGAGUCCUCCGAAAGCCAGUCUGAAUCUGAAAGCGAGUCAACAGGUUCGAAAUCCCAGCAGACCCCACCUGAAACCAAAGAAAAACCAGCCAGCAAGAAGGAAAGGAUAGCAGAUGUAAAAAAGAUGUGGGAAGAAUAUCCUGAUGUUUAUGGGGUUAGGAGAUCAAACCGAAGCAGACAAGAACCAUCGCGAUUUAAUAUAAAAGAAGAGGCAAGUAGUGAAUCUGAAAAUGAGAGCCCAAAAAGAAGAGGCCAGAAGCAAAUGAGAAAACCAGGUAAAUGGAAAAGGGAGGCUUCUGGGGAAGAGGAGGAUGAAAAUGGUGGGGAGCAAGGCUCCAGUGCAGAUAGUGAACCAGAACAGAAGAAAGUUAAAGCCAGGAGACCAGUCCCGAGAAGAGCAGUGGUCAAAGCCAGUGUUAAAAAGCCCCACAAGCCCCAACGUGGUAAGAGGAGAAAGAAACAAGACUCGUCUGAAGAUGAAGAUGAUGAUGAAGACGAUGAGACUCCCAAAAGGCAAACCCGGCGCAGAGCGGCAAAAAAUGUCAGUUACAAAGAAGAUGAUGAUUUUGAGACUGAUUCCGAUGACCUGAUUGAGAUGACCGGGGAAGGGGCCGACGAACAGCAGGACAACAGCGAGACCAUUGAGAAAGUCAUGGACGUCAGGAUUGGAAAGAAAGGAGCCACUGGUGCUUCUACCACCGUGUAUGAGACUGAAGCCAAUGGCAACCCCAGCGCUGACUUUGACCCUGAAAAGGAUGCGGGAGAGGUUCAGUACCUGAUCAAAUGGAAGGGCUGGUCGUACAUUCACAGCACAUGGGAGAGUGAAGAGUCCCUGCAGCAGCAGAAGGUGAAGGGCAUGAAAAAACUAGAGAACUUCAAGAAAAAAGAAGAUGAAAUCAAACAAUGGCUAGCCAAGGUAACUCCUGAAGACGUGGAAUACUUCAGCUGCCAACAGGAGCUUGCUGCAGAGUUGAACAAACAGUAUCAGAUAGUGGAGAGAGUGAUCGCGGUGAAGACCAUCAAGUCUGCAAUGGGACAUUCUGAGUUCCCAGCUCACAGUCGGAAAUUGUCCUCUAAUGAGCCCGAAUAUCUGUGCAAGUGGAUGGGGUUGCCAUAUGCAGAGUGCAGCUGGGAAGAUGAGGCCUUGAUUAGCAAGAAGUUUCAACACUGCAUUGACAGCUUCAACCAUCGCAACAACUCCAAAACCAUUCCCACUCGGGACUGCAAGGUGUUGAAGCAGAGACCCAGGUUUGUUGCUUUGAAGAAACAGCCUUCUUACAUUGGUGGCGAGAACCUGGAGCUCCGAGAUUACCAGCUGGAGGGCCUCAACUGGCUCGCUCACUCGUGGUGCAAGAACAACAGUGUGAUCUUGGCUGAUGAAAUGGGCUUGGGGAAGACUAUCCAGACAAUAUCAUUCCUCUCCUAUCUCUUCUAUCAGCAUCAGCUGUACGGCCCCUUCCUGAUAGUGGUGCCCUUGUCUACUCUGACCUCAUGGCAGAGAGAGUUUGAAAUCUGGGCACCAGAGAUUAAUGUGGUUGUUUACAUAGGAGACAUGAUGAGCAGAAACACGAUCCGUGAAUAUGAGUGGAUCCAUUCUCAGACUAAAAGGCUGAAGUUCAAUGCACUUAUCACAACAUAUGAGAUACUCCUUAAAGAUAAGACUGUUCUGGGCAGCAUUAAUUGGGCCUUUCUGGGUGUGGACGAAGCCCAUCGGUUGAAGAACGAUGACUCUUUGCUGUAUAAAACUCUGAUUGAUUUCAAGUCCAACCACAGGCUCCUGAUCACUGGGACCCCGCUUCAGAAUUCCCUCAAAGAGCUCUGGUCACUGCUGCACUUUAUCAUGCCGGAGAAGUUUGAGUUCUGGGAGGAUUUUGAAGAUGAUCAUGGGAAAGGAAGAGAGAAUGGCUACCAGAGCCUGCACAAAGUCCUGGAGCCUUUCCUUCUGCGCAGGGUGAAGAAGGAUGUGGAGAAAUCCCUGCCGGCCAAAGUGGAGCAGAUUCUCCGGGUGGAAAUGUCUGCGCCGCAGAAGCAGUAUUAUAAGUGGAUUUUGACAAGAAAUUACAAGGCUCUCUCGAAGGGGACAAGAGGAAGCACGUCUGGCUUCCUUAACAUUGUGAUGGAGCUGAAAAAAUGCUGCAAUCACUGCUAUCUCAUUAAACCUCCGGAAGAAAACGAAAGGGAGACUGGCAUGGAGAUGCUGAUGUCUCUAAUCAGGAGCAGUGGAAAGCUAAUUCUCUUGGACAAAUUGCUGACCAGGCUGCGUGAGAGGGGUAACAGAGUCCUGAUCUUCUCCCAGAUGGUGAGAAUGCUGGACAUCUUGGCAGAAUACUUGGCUAUCAAGCACUACCCUUUCCAGCGCUUGGACGGCUCGAUCAAAGGGGAGAUCCGAAAGCAAGCGCUGGAUCACUUCAACGCGGAAGGCUCUGAGGACUUCUGUUUCCUGCUGUCAACACGAGCUGGCGGACUGGGGAUUAACCUGGCUUCUGCAGACACUGUGGUUAUCUUUGACUCGGACUGGAACCCCCAGAAUGACUUGCAGGCUCAGGCUCGGGCUCACAGAAUUGGACAGAAGAAACAGGUGAACAUUUACCGCUUAGUCACCAAGGGGACAGUGGAAGAGGAGAUCAUCGAAAGGGCCAAGAAAAAGAUGGUGUUGGAUCAUCUGGUGAUCCAGCGUAUGGACACCACAGGCCGUACUGUACUGGAUAACAACUCUGGGAGAUCCAACUCAAAUCCUUUCAACAAAGAGGAGCUGACAGCUAUUCUGAAGUUUGGAGCUGAGGAUCUGUUCAAGGAGAUUGAAGGGGAAGAAUCGGAACCGCAGGAAAUGGAUAUUGAUGAGAUUUUACGCCUGGCUGAAACACGAGAGAACGAAGUAUCCUCAAGCGCCACGGAUGAGCUGCUGUCUCAGUUCAAGGUAGCCAAUUUUGCAACCAUGGAGGAAGAAGAGACUGAGCUGGAUGAGAGGUCCCAGAGGGACUGGGAUGAUAUUAUUCCUGAAGAGCAAAGGAAGAAAGUGGAGGAGGAGGAACGACAGAAGGAAUUGGAAGAAAUCUAUAUGCUGCCCAGAAUCCGCAGCUCCACUAAAAAGGCUCAGGCAAAUGACAGUGAUUCUGAUGCUGAAUCAAAGAGAAGGAUACACAGGUCAUCUGGAUCAGAGAGUGAGACGGACGAUACUGACGACGAUAAAAGGCCGAAGCGCCGGGGGCGCCCGCGGAGCGUUAGGAAAGACACGGUGGAAGGAUUUACUGAUGCUGAAAUCAGGAGGUUUAUCAAGGCUUAUAAGAAGUUUGGGCUUCCACUCGAACGGCUGGAGUGCAUUGCUCGCGAUGCAGAGCUGGUGGACAAGUCCGUAGCUGAUCUGAAACGUCUAGGGGAACUUAUUCACAACAGCUGUGUGUCAGCAAUGCAGGAAUACGAGGAGCAGCUGAAAGAAAACCCUGGUGAGGGGAAAGGUCCUGGGAAAAGGAGGGGUCCUACCCUCAAGAUCUCUGGUGUCCAAGUCAACGUGAAAUCCAUCAUCCAGCAUGAAGAAGAGUUUGAAAUGCUGCACAAAUCCAUUCCCACAGACCCGGAGGAGAAGAGGAAGUACUGCCUGACCUGCCGCGUCAAAGCUGCUCAUUUUGAUGUAGACUGGGGAGUGGAGGACGAUUCUCGUUUAUUGCUGGGAAUUUAUGAACACGGCUAUGGAAACUGGGAGCUAAUUAAAACGGACCCAGAACUGAAGUUAACUGAUAAGAUCCUACCUGUUGAGAUAGAUAAGAAGCCUCAGGGAAAGCAGCUCCAGACCCGCGUCGAUUAUCUGCUGAAAUUGCUGAAGAAAGAACUGGAGAAGAAGGAAACUGUGAAAGAUGGGGAAGAGACCAAACUGAAGAAGAGGAAACCACGCGUGAAGAAAGAGAACAAAGCUCCCAAAGUCAAAGAUGAGCAUGGAAAUGACAUGUCCUCUCCUCGGCACUCAGACAAUCAGUCAGAAGAGGGUGAAGUCAAGGAGGAUGGCUUGGAAAAGAGCCCAGUGAAAAAGAAACAGAAGAAGAAAGAGAACAAAGAGAACAAGGAAAAACAGUCAUCCACAAAGAAAGAAAAGGAAGGCGAUAAAGAGAAAAAGAAAACAAAGGAUAAGAAAGAGAAGGCCAAAGGUAGCGAGACCAAGUCUGGAAGCAAAGGGAAGCGAUCUCAAGGUCCUGUCCACAUUACAGCAGGGAGUGAGCCCAUCCCCAUUGGAGAAGAUGAGGAUGAUGACCUGGACCAGGAAACGUUCAGCAUAUGCAAAGAGAGGAUGAGGCCAGUGAAAAAGGCACUGAAGCAACUGGACAAGCCAGAUAAGGGACUGACAGUGCAAGAACAACUGGAGCAUACUCGCAACUGCCUCCUGAAAAUUGGAGAUCGCAUCUCAGAGUGCCUUAAAGCCUACUCUGACCAGGAGCACAUCAAGCUGUGGAGAAGGAACCUGUGGAUAUUUGUGUCCAAGUUCACAGAAUUUGAUGCUAGAAAAUUGCACAAACUCUACAAAAUGGCUCACAAAAAAAGAUCCCAGGAAGAGGAGCAGGAGCAGAAGAAGAAGGAGGACAUGGCUGGCAGCAAAAGGCUGUUCCGCCCAGAGCCUUCUGGCUCCAGCCGGGAUUCCCUCAUGUCUCAGUCUCACCUGCCUCCCAACCCUCAUUCUCAGAAACUCCACCUGCCCCCCUCACACCCUCAGCAGAUGCACGGGCACCAGCGGGACAACUACAGCCACCCUAACAAGAGGCACUUCAGUAACGCAGAUCGAGGAGACUGGCAGAGAGAUCGGAAAUUUAACUAUGGUGGCAACAGCAACCAGGUCUGGGGUGGAGAACGGCAUCACCAGUACGAGCAGCACUGGUACAAGGAUCACCACUACGGGGACCGUCGGUCUCGCGGCGACCCCCACCGAAGCUCCGGGAACUACCGACCAAAUAACCUCUCCCGCAAGAGGCCGUAUGAACAGUACAACAGUGACCGAGACCACAGGGGACACAGAGAUUAUUAUGACAGACACCACCAUGAUUCCAAGCGGCGAAGAUCUGAUGAGUUCAGGCCCCAGAACUACCACCAGCAGGAAUUCAGAAGAAUGUCUGAUCACAGGCCACCCAUGGGAUACCACGGCCCGGGACCUUCAGACCAUUACAGGUCCUUCCAUACAGACAAAUCAGGGGAUUACAAACAGCCGCUUCCCCCUCCUCAUUCCCAGCUCUCGGACCCUCGCUCACCCCCAUCUCAAAAAUCCCCUCAUGAGUCCAAGUCACCCCUGGAUCACAGGUCACCCCUGGACAGGUCGUUAGAACAGAAAAACAAUCCAGAUUAUAACUGGAAUGUUCGAAAAACAUAAAGCGACUGGGAUUGGAGGUAGAGAGCUCAUCUGAAAUACUUGGUCUGAUGCAACAGUGGCUGCUUUUCCAACCCAGUAAUCGGAGAUUGAACAUGCUGCUAUCGUCUUGCUGGGUGAAGAAGGAUUUGGGGGAGUGGGCAGGGUCUCUCCCCAUCUGUUAGUUCUGGUCUGGAUUCCUUUUUCAUAUCCCCCUUCUCCGGUCUGGCAUUGGAACUGGAUCCAUUGCCCACAGGGGGGAACAGGUGUCAGUCUGUGCUUUAGUUUUGUUUUUCAUUGAAGGCUGCAUCCGACAGACUCUUGUGAAUAUUUCACAGCUGCAGAGCUUUCCCCAGAACCAAGAACGUGGACCGAUGCUGCUUAAGACUUUGUAGAAGGCUUUGUAUGCCCAAUCUGAUGUGACGUUACGUGACACAUGCUGCUGUGGGGUGGGCAUAACCCAGUCAGGCUGGGGUGUGUGUGUAACCAGUGGGGGGGUGGGAUGCAUUUGGAAUGGACAGGAGGGCGCUCUAAGAGUAAAUAACUGACCUUGUUCUUAUCAUGGUCCUCCGAGAGGAAGGGGGAACUUGGGGCCUCUCCAGAGUGACUCAGUAAGGUAGGAGUGGGAAUCCAUCACUUCCCUGCCCACAUGGCCAUUUCUCAUGUCUUUAUCCAUUUCAAGAGACUGGCUCUGCUUUGUGCACUUCAUGGUGGAGGCCCUCAAUAUACGGGGAAGGGACAGAGUCCCUGAGCAGAGCCUUAAUUCCCCCUUCAAACCAGUGAGACGGGAAAUGGCAGUUACAGUAUUUCCCAGUGGAAGGGGCUCAGGAAUCCGCAACACAAACCCUCUUGACCCAUUUCUCGCUGCUGCUAGUAAGGAUGUUCCCUAUGUAGAACAUAUUGGCUGGAAGCUGAAUGGUUUGUGGUGGAGGAAUGGCUCGGGGGGUCAGAGAUCCUGGCUUCUGUACCCCUGUGCUGCUCACCUGCUCUGACCCUGGGGCAAAUCACUUCUCUGCACUUCAGUUUGCCCAACUGGAGAAUGGUGAUCCCAGUGUUUACUCCUCCUUGUAGCACUUUUUGAAAUCUAAGGGUCAGAAGCUGUAUGCUGGGCUUGGCGAGGGCACCAUGCCGAGUUAAAUGUGAAUACAGUUGGCUGGAGUUUUCCAUGCAGAGCUCUAUCUUUGCACAAAGCAGUGAGCUGGCCACCUUCCUGCCAACGUUCCAGUGAUCUGCGCUAACUCUCUGAGCAGUGGAAAGUAGCCAUAUUGAAUGAACUUCUGUAUCUUUAAAUUGGGAACUUGCAUAAGUGCUCCAAACUUAGAUUUCUGCUGAGCAAAUCCUAAAUUCUCAGUGUUUAAAAUCCUCAUAGCAGGGCCCCCUCCCCAUUCAGAAGAUGUAUAACAAGCCCAAGAAGGGUAAGGGGAGUAGAAUGGUUUGCAGCCAAAUGAAUAGGCUUCACUGCAAACAUUCACCAAAGUGUUAGGAUCACGGUGCAGUGUGGAAGGCUAAUGUCCAGCUGGGAGGGAUUUGCCAGAACACUUGUAGUAAGUCAGGAGUAGCCAAAGUACAGCCGGCUGGCCACAUAUAGAGCAGGAGGAGUUCCUGCCUUCAGCUCCAUCUUUAAUAUGGAGUCAAGGCCCCAGGAGACAGACUGCAGGUCACUAAUGCCAGGCUCUGCCUUGAGGCGAGCAGCCAGGCCAUUCAGAUUAAAUUGGCACAUUUGGGGCUGGGACCUGUAGUCUGUGGGAACUGCAGCUGUGUUCUGAAGACAAGGCUAGUGGCAAACUACUCAAUUUAAUGCGAAGGGUGCAGACCUUGGGUUCCUGAAAAGGUGGCAAGGUUACCCUCAUCUGGGCAAAAUCAGAACACUCUUCUCUUUAAAGGCCUGAGGUGAGGUGGGUUUUUAAUUCCCUGCCUGUCUUUUACUGGCAGGUUAUCUUGACCAGAAUGGCCUGAGGGAAGAAUUUCCCCACGGGGCUCGUAGAGGUGAACAGCUGUAUACAUCCAAACCAGCCGAGGCGCUUUCCCAAAGCGAGGGAGCUGACUUCCUGCUGCGUCUCUCUGGAUGAAUGUAGGUCACAAUUAUUGUUUGAGACCCUGGGGCAGGUGCUUAUGACAAAGGCCCUGCCUGCUUGGAGACAAGGCCGUAAAGGCAGGUCUCGGUUGAGGCAAAGGUGUUAACUCUGCCAUUGGCAGGUUGGAAGGUACACGCAAAUCAACACUAAUAACACCCAAGCUUCCUGUCUGCUUGGUGCUGACGGAAUGAAGUCCCUGAAAUCUGUUACGAUCAUUGUGUGCUUGAUCCAUUCUGAGCCCAUUGGUUUAAUGAGGGUAUCUCUGUCCCACGAGAUCAUUCAAAAGCAACCAUGGUUUGCUGCAAAUGGGAACAACAGUGUGAUUCGGGUCAUGGUGACAGAUGCACAACCUGUGUACAAAAGCU